AUGUCUCCCCUCACCCUGCAAUCCACCCUCCCCCUCAACGACGGUCUGUCCAUCCCCCACAUCGGCCUCGGGACUGGCGGUCUCAGCGGGCAACAGACUACCGACGCAGCCGCCUACGCCUUAUCGAUCGGGUACAGACUCUGCAAGUGCCAUUUGCUCGACACUUCCCAACAUUAUGGAAACGAACAGCAGUUGGGACAAGCUAUAUCCAGCACACCCAUCCCGCGCUCCGAAAUAUUCAUAGCCACAAAGUACAAACCCUCCGCUAUGGAACCUUCCUCCGACCCCUCCGUCCCCACCCCGCGCCACUCUGAUGAGGAGAUAUACGACUCUAUCAAGGAAAGCGUGUCGAAACUCGACCCGAGGGAGGGGGGGUAUGUUGAUUUGAUGUUGUUGCACCAUACAGGCCCUGAUCGGGAGGGGAGGGAAGCCGGUUGGAGGGGAUUGGCGAGGGCACAGAAAGAGGGGCUGGUGAAGAGUAUCGGUCUUUCCAACUGUAAUAUCAAGCACCUCGAGACGCUCCCUGCCCCUCGGGCUUCUGUCGUCCAGCUCGAACUCAAUCCUUUCUGUCAACAACGCGAGCUCACAGCUUAUUGCGCUUCCAAAGGAAUCAUCUGUCAAGCAUACUGCCCCACCGUCAGGUACAUUGAAGACAAGAUCAAAAACCCGAUCAUCGUCAAGAUUGCCGAGAGGCUGGGGCAGAGCGAAGGACCUGUCCUCUUGAGAUUCAUACCCAUCCCCAGAUCUUCGAAACCUGCGCGGCUGCAAGACAAUCUCAGAGCCUUCAGCUUUGAGCUUUCCCCCGAGGAUAUGACAGCCCUCGAUACCCUCGACAUGGGCGCGGCCGGCCGGCUCACUGUGGUAGACCCUGACAAUCUUCCAGAGUAG